UGACGGCAAAAUCACGCCAAUGGCGCAAAUCUAGCAACAACUCCAGUCUCCAGAUAGUAGUUGAAAAGAAUGAGAAAAACACCAGUUACACCAUAACCCACUUAACCCACUAAACAUCAUCUUCAUCAUCUUCAUCUUUCUCUCUCCUCUUCAUCAAAUCAUCAUCAAUGGCAGGCACACCAAAAUCAACCCACAAUCACAAUUUCCUCACCCACAAACUCCUAACAAAAAAAACCUCUUUAAUAAUCCUCCUUCUCUUCACUUUCAACCUCAUCUUCAUCUCUUUCACCUACCAUUUCCACCAUUAUUACUCUCCUCUCUCCUUCAACCUUCAUUACCUCAAUAAACCCCACCCUCUCCACGUCACCACCACUCAACUUUCUCUCUCCUCCACAUCAUCUUCAUCAAAACCAUGGCCUAUUCUCCCUUCUUACCUCCCAUGGACACCACCCUCAUCUUCUCUCUCCUCUUGUGAAGCUUUCUUUGGUAAUGGCUUCUCUAAAACACUCACUCUUCUUCCUCGUACUACUACUACUUCUAGUACUAGUUCUUCAUGGUUUCGGUGUCAUUAUAGUAAGACUCUUAGGAGCUCAAUUUGUGAAGGUGGGAAAGUUUUGAUGGAUCCGAGGAAGAUCCGGAUGUCGGGUGGUGGUGAGAAGAUUGAUGAGGUUGUUGGUAGGACUGAUGAUGAAGAAUUGCCGGUUUUUGAAAGUGGUUCGUUUCGAUUGAGGCGAAAUGAAGGGAAAAAAAGGGGGAAAGUUUUUGAUGAGAAGGUUUUAGAUGAGUAUGUUAGUGAAGGAUUGAUUGUUAGGCAUAGUAUGAGAGAGUUGUUUAUGUCUAUGGAAGUUGUUGAGGAUGAACUUGAUUUUCAGUGUUCACAGUGGAUUGAGGAGCCAACAUUACUGCUGACACGGUUUGAGUAUGCUAAUGUGUUUCACACAUACACAGAUUGGUAUAGUGCAUAUGUUAGCUCUAGAGUGACCGGGUUGCCAACACGGCCAAAUGUGGUUUUUGUUGAUGGCCACAGUAAGACACAGUUAGAAGAAACAUGGGAAGCACUUUUUUCAACCAUCAGAUUUGCUAAAAACUUCACUGGUCCAGUCUGCUUUCGCCAUGCUGUCUUUGUACCUUUGGGAUAUGAGACAGCCUGGUUUAAGGGUCUGAGUCAAUCUAUCGAUUGUCAUGGGGCUUCUGCAAAGACCCUGUGGACAAACCCUGAUGAUCAUAAGACUGCGCGACUAUCUGAAUUUGGGGAGAUGAUAAAGUCGGCUUUUGACUUACUUAUUGAUACACCCAGAAGUCCGAAGCCCUCAGAAUACAAUGUACUGUUCGUUCGACGAGAAGAUUAUUUGGCACAUCCACGUCAUGGUGGUAAAGUUGAAUCUAGACUCAGCAAUGAACAAGAAGUGUUUGAUGCUCUGAAAGCAUGGGCUUCUACCUAUUCUCAAUGCAGUAUAAACCUUGUAAAUGGGCUGUUUGCUCACAUGUCUAUGAGAGAGCAAGUCCGAGCUAUAGAGGAUGCAUCAGUAAUUAUUGGAGCUCAUGGGGCAGGUCUCACCCAUGUGGUAUCAGCAUUACCAAAAACUGUGAUUCUUGAAAUUAUUAGCAGCCAGUUUCGGCGUCCUCAUUUCCAAUUGAUCUCCCAAUGGAAAGGUUUGGAAUAUCACGCCAUUAAUCUCUCUGGAACUAGUGCUAAUCCGACAAAGGUCAUUGAACGGCUUAAACGGAUCAUGAAAAGCCUUGGAUGCUAAAGCAUUGUAUAUUUACUGCAUAGCUAAGCGAAAAAUGAACAGCCUGUCAUGAUGGAUCUGGAAUUUACCUUUCAGGCCUUGGUGCGAGUAAAUGCAACUUCUUGUAUUGUGCUAUUAUUAGGAGCUAGGAUGGACAUUAGAGAAAUAUAGUUAGAUUUGAAGAGUUUUGGUCAUGGUGGCUGACGAUUUGAGGAUGCAGCUUCCUGAGCAUUUACAUUGACGGGAGCUAUUUUUCUGUGAUUUGCUUCCACGGGCAGCUCUAUGCAAGGUUAGUUUAGAAUGUAACAUCGUGAUCGAUUUGUACUUUAAUUCACAUCACCAAUUUUCACCUAGGAUUACAGGUAGUUUGUUUGAGUUGUCUUCGGGUCAUGCUUAAUUUAUACCCGCUGUAUCAAUGAUAAACUGUGUAUAGUUAAAUGUAUUGAUGGUCGAUGACGAUGAUAUCCAUUAUACAGAGGCUUCUUCCUCAAAAUUUUCUUUUUC